UAUCUGAUGCUAUUUACACGUUGAUGAAAACAACCCAAAGUAAAAAUGGCGACCACUAAACAAAAUACUGGAAUGUCGGCCCCAAUGUUUUCGCAGAAACAACAUGGAUCUGGAUCAAGUGGAAUUGUUGACGACUUCAUGUAUGGAUCUAAUGUGGCGUCGGCUCAUAUUUAUAUUCGAAUGGGGUUCAUGCGCAAGGUUUUUGGAAUUCUCACCGCACAGCUCUUUGUGACAACACUCAUGUCAGCAGUUUUUAUGUUGAGUGAACCAGUGCAAGAGUAUGUACAGACCAACCAUUGGAUGCUUACUGUCAGUAUUUUUGGAACAUUUGGCGUUCUGCUGGCCCUGAUGUGGAAAAGGCAAGAGACUCCCACAAACUACAUUCUGCUGGGAAUAUUUACUUUGAUGGAGUCCUACGCCAUUGGUGUUGUAGUGACAUUCUACAAAGUGCCUUCCGUCAUUGAAGCCUUCCUGCUGACCAUUGGGCUGACCAUAGGCUUGACCUUGUACACUCUACAGAGCAAGAAGGACUUCACAUCCUGGCAUGCACCUGCUGUCAUGUGCUUGUAUGUUCUACUGUUGGCUUCCUUGAUUCAGAUGAUUCUACCAAUUCCAGCCGUCCACAUGGGGAUAAGUGUGGCCGGAGCUGUGCUGUUUUGUGUUUUUAUUGUGGUGGACACACACAUGCUGAUGACCAAGCUCUCACCUGAGGAAUACAUCCUGGCCGCCAUCAGUCUCUACCUGGAUAUUCUCAAUCUCUUCCUCUACAUUCUGCGCCUGCUUGGAGAGAGAAAAUAAUUCUCCGUCAUUACAAGCCGUAACAUCAUCAGUGGCUGGAGUAACUUGUUCUUAUUUCAGUUUUUAUUUGUGUGAUGGUAUUUAGAGAAAUGGGCUCUGUUGGGAUAACCUUUUCUUUUGUUUGUUUAAAUCUACUGAAACUGCUAGAAUAAAGAAAAUGAAAAAAUCAAAUUCCAAUUACCUAACCUUCUAAGCAACAGUUAACAAAAAUUGAAGGUGAUAGUUUAAAAAAAUGUCAUCAUUCCAACAGUUUGAAAGCUACACUGCACUAGUAAUAAAAUUUCAAUCAUCUAACCUAUACGGCAAGCAGUUUUAAAAAAUUUCACUGUGAUAAUUAAAACAGUUAUGAUUGUGAUAGCCUUCUUGACUAUUUCUAUUAUUUUACUAUGUUGGUUCAAUUAUAUUUAGAAUUGAUUUGUUCUUUUUAAUCCAACAUAUUACUGUUUAAUGUUUAUUAUCCUUUAAGUUCUAUUUGCAGUCCAAAAUAUUCUUUAAUCCGUUCAAUACCUUAUAUUAGCCAGGUAAUCAGGUGUUUGGGUAGGUUUUUAUUCUUUUGUAUAACAUUUUCAUCACAUCAAAAACAAAUGCACUCGGUUGGGAUAAAUAAGUAUUAAAGCUCAUGACUUUAAAACUUUAAAUAUAAGUUAAUACAUUUCUUUAAUUGGCAGUAUGAUUUGUGCCAAUGUUGCCUGGUUAGCCAAUCUGCUGGAUUGUUGGUUUCCUCCAGACAUUACCUCCUCCAUCUUCCAACAUGUGUUUGCUUCAUGCACUUUUUAAACAUUUAUUUAUUUGGUUUGUUGACACACAACAUCAUUAAAAUAUGUUGCACACAAGUUGGCUUCUGAUACAGACUAAAGCAACACAAACUAUUAUUUAUUAUGUAAUGCUAAGGGGUUUUUUUAUAUAAAAAAAUAUAUCUUUUGUUAAAGUGAAGAAAGUAGAAUUUUAAUAAUAUUGUAUUGAGACGUAUGUUUGAUUUGGUGAAUGCAGUGGCAGUAGUACUAUAAGGUCAAAAUAAACAUUUCAAUUUCAUUUUUUAAAAUUUGAUACAAAAAAUAUUAGUUCUUUCUCAGGAAGAAAAAAAUUGCAACUGUUUAUUAAGUAUAAUAUUACUGUGUGCAUAUACACCAAUUAUAAUGUUUCAGAACUACUUGUGUACAUUGCUUGUUUUUGCUUGUUUUAAAAGCCAUCACAUUUCAUUCUGAUGUGAUGACGUGGGCAAACUCUUUUUAAAAAAAAAAUAAAAAAUUGCUCUUUUUAUCUAGCUAGUAAAGCAUUAAUAUGAUACAGUUUUCAAGAUUUAUUUCUAUAUUAUACAUAUAAAUAUAAAUGUCUUGUUUAAUGCACUGUGCAUAAUUUUGGUGAAUUAAAAGUAUUAGUUAAAUCA